CCAAUUUUUACUAGAUAUCUUUUGAAACUUGAAAAACCCAGUCUGAGAGACCUAGUUCAAAACCUCACCAACCUAAAAGUACUAAACCUCAAUGUGGUGAACGUAUCUUCUACAGUGCCAGGUGCUUUAUCGAAUAUGACCUCUAUAACACAUCUUAAGCUUAGGAAUUGUUUGCUUUAUGGUGAAUUCCCAACUGGAAUUUUUCAUCUACCAAACCUACGGAUUUUAGGCCUGUCAACCAAUGAAAACCUGUAUGGUUAUCUUCCUGAAUUUUCAAGUGGUAGUCCACUUGAGGAAUUGUUGAUUUGGGGGACAAAUUUUUCCGGAUUGCUUCCAUCUUCAAUUGUGAAUCUUGAUUCCUUAAACGCGUUAGAGUUAGGAAACUCCAAUUUAGAUGGGACGCUUCCAAGCUCGCUAGGCAAUCUAGCCCAGCUCACAUUUCUGGAUGUUAUUGGAUGCAAUUUUUGGGGACAGGUUCCUUCAUCAAUAGCAAACUUAUCAAAACUCACUCACUUAGGACUGGGUGGCGGCACUUUUGAUGCACGACCCCUUGGAAAGCUAUCAAAACUCACAAAUCUACUACUUUGGAAUACGAAACUAAGUGAUGUAUUACCGCAGUCUCUUGCUAACAUGACCCAGCUAUCUUCGUUGGUUCUCAACGAGAAUGAGUUAUUUGGUGAGAUCCCAUCUUGGCUUUUGAACCUCACUAGAUUAACCAUUCUUGAACUUUUCAACAAUCAACUAUCCGGCAUGUUUCCGAGCUCAAUCUCUCGACUCAAGCAUCUUGAAGUUCUUGAUCUUUUGUCAAACAUUUUGAGUGGUAAAGUCGAUCUAGAUAUCUUUCAAAAUCUCCAAAACCUUUAUGUAUUGAUUCUGUCCGAAAAUAAAUUGACGGUGCUCGAAACAAACCGUAUCAACGCUACUCUACCAAAAUUCAAUAGUGUAGGAUUGGCUUCAUGCAACUUGAAGGAGUUUCCUGAUUUCCUACGGUUCCAGGAUGAAUUAGAACUCCUUGAUUUGGCUAAUAAUGGUAUUCGUGGUCUAGUACCAACAUGGUUGUGGAACAUAAGUAAAGAAACAAUGAGAGAUAUCAACCUUCAAGGAAACUUUCUUACAGGAUUUGAGCAGCAUCCAAAUGCCAUUCCAUGGAUAUCGUUACGAGUCCUAGACUUGAGCGUUAACAGGCUGCAAGGACCACUGCCACUUCCACCACCAUCUAUCGUUUCUUAUGUUGUCAAUGAUAAUUUACUUACCGGAGACAUCCCACCAUCAUUCUGCCAAAACAGUGCUCUUUUUACGCUUGACUUGUCUAACAAUCACUUAAGCGGCGCCAUUCCUCGGUGCUUGGCUAGUACUACUAGUGAUUCUCUGCUGCUACUCAAUUUGAGUAACAACAAUUUUCAAGGUACUGUUCCGCAGAUGUCCAUGAGGGGGAUCAAGAUGAUUGACUUGAGUCAAAAUCAAUUGCAUGGGCGGGUACCACGUUCAUUGGCUAAUUGUACAAUGCUUGAAAUUCUUGUUUUGGGAGAUAAUCAGAUCGAGGACACUUUUCCUUUUUGGUUGGGAGCUCUUCUUGAGUUACAAGUUCUUGUUCUCCGAUCUAACAGAUUCCAUGGUGGCAUUGAGAAUCCUAAAACUGAUUUGAAGUUUCCGAAGCUGCGGAUCAUUGACCUCUCUCACAAUAGUUUCUCUGGUACAUUGCCAUCAGAGUACUUCCAGAACUGGAAUGAGAUGAAAGUGGUCGGGAAAGGGAAUUCAACGUAUAUGCACAUGGUGACGAAUCCACGAUUUGGAGGGAACGGACGAUAUACAUUUGUAACGGAUUUUACCUAUUCAAUAACAAUAUCUAGCAAAGGGACAAAAAGGCUGUAUGAGAAGAUCCAAAGUGUAUUUGUAGUUAUUGAUCUUUCAGACAACAAAUUCAAUGGUGAAAUUCCAGAAUCCCUUGGGAGUCUUUGGGGACUUCAAGCGCUAAACGUUUCCGAAAACAACCUCAUUGGCAUCAUCCCGUCAUCCUUUUCAAAUUUGAUGGACCUGGAAUCGUUGGACCUAUCUCGAAACCGGCUCUCUGGAGAGAUCCCGCAGCAGCUAACCAAACUCACUUUCCUCUCAGUUCUAGACGUCUCUCAUAACCAUCUCACAGGCCCCAUACCUCGAGGUAAACAAUUCGAUACAUUUGAUAAUAGUUCAUAUGGUGGGAAUAUGGGAUUGUGUGGUGUCCCCCUGACGAGGUUAUGCAAUAAUUCAGAAACGUCACCCCCACCACCACCGACACACAACUCGCAAGGCAAUGGUUUAGAGUUUUCGACGGGUAUCUAUUGGAUGGUCAUAAUGAUGGGGUAUGGGAGUGGGCUGAUAGUUGGGUUGGUUAUUGGGCAGAUGCUGACCACGAGGUAUCAUGAACGGUUUGUUGAGAUAUUUGAAAGGGCAAAGAAAACUCAAAGGAGGUCGAAAAGGAAGGGGCGAAGAAACUAAAUCUAUUAGCAUUGCUGGUACUAUACUGUUGUGUGUCCAUGUGUGUGCUGUGCUCUUAGCUUUGAAGAAUUAAUUUUCAUGUCGUUUGUCAUUUUUAAGUUUUCCUUCAAGUGAUUCCUACUACAUGUACUGUUUGUUCAUCUGAUGGUUGUUUAUUUUAGAACUACAGCUACUUUGUUGUUUAGUCUGUGUAAAUUCCUCUUGCCAUGUAAUUUUGAUGAAGUAUGUAAUUACAAUCAACAGAUCAAAUGAUGCUGCUACCUUUCUGUUAUAGUC